GGCUUUUAUUCUCUCACGCCCAACAAACAACGAACGAACAACCGCUACUCUCUCAGCCUCUGAUCGUCGAUCUUCGACUCUCUCUCUCUUAUCGCAGCCAAGAGCAACGCCAUCGCGGUAAACGAGAAUGUCACUAAAAGAAAGCUUAGAAAGAUUUAAGAAGCAGCAAGAGAAGUGCCAGACAACCCUUUCCAGCAUUGCCUCUACCAAGGCUGCGGCAGCUCCGAGACCCGCUCCUGCAGCAGCUAGGGCUCCUCCUCCAGCUGUCAAAUUUUCAAAUGAUACAGAGAGACUCCAACACAUUAAUAGCAUCCGGAAAGGCCCUGUUGGAGCUCAGAUCAAGCGUGUUAUAGACCUGCUGUUGGAGACAAGGCAAGCCUUUACGCCAGAGCAAAUUAAUGAAGCAUGUUAUGUUGAUGCGAAUGCUAACAAAGCUGUCUUUGACAGUCUGAGGAAUAACCCAAAAGUUUAUUAUGAUGGGAGGCGCUUCUCUUAUAAGUCCAAGCAUAAUGUCACGGAUAAAAACCAGCUUCGUUCUUUAAUACGGAAAUAUCCAGAGGGCAUAGCUGUCAUUGAUCUCAAGGAUGCAUACCCGAAUGUGAUGGAUGAUUUGCAGGCUUUGAAAGCUGCAGGUGACAUCUGGCUGCUUUCAAACUUUGAUUCACAAGAGGACAUAGCAUAUCCAAAUGACCCCAGGUUGCCUGCGAUGAAUGUUGAUGAUGAGCUAAAGGUGCUCUUUAGGUCGAUUGAAUUACCUCGUGAUAUGAUUGACAUUGAGAAAGAACUCCAAAAGAAUGGGAUGAAGCCGGCAACGGAUACUGCAAAGAGGAGGGCCUUGGCUCAGAGUCAAGGCAUUCCUAACAAAGCCAAACCCAAGAAGAAGAAGCACGAGAUUAGCAAGAGGACAAAGCUUACAAACGCCCAUCUUCCAGAGCUAUUUUCCAGACCCUAAAAAGUUAGGUGAAGCUGUUAUGUGAAAGGUCUGCAAGAUGUUAUGGAUGUAAGCAGAUUGUACAAAACAUAUUGGAAGACGUAUAAGAUAGCCCGAAAAUGUACUUGAAAUAUCCCCUAUGUUUUUCGCUCCAAAAUGCCAGUUUGAGGAUUGAAUUUGUUCUUAUCAAAUGCUAUGAUUUAGGAACCUGAAAUUUCUACUCCUACGUUUCA